AUGAGCUCUAGGAACUCCCGCCUGAAGAGCUUCGGGUUCCGCAAGCGCAAAUCGACUACUAGCAUCCAGACUCCAGAAGGCAUCCCCUCUACUGCUACCCCUCCUCCUGGCCAAAUACCUCAACACCAGCAGCAGCAGCAACAACAACAGCCGCAGCCGCAACAACAGCUCCAGGUCCAGCCCUCCCAGACACCACAGCCGCAAAAUCCCGUCGCCGCCACUCCUCCUCUCGGCGCUGCGUCUUCGACAACCUCGCUCCCAAUGAACCAUCCCGGCGGUCCUAACCGUCCCCCCAGCUACAACUCCGGCUACCCUCCUGGCCCUCCCGGCGGCAUCCACGGCCGUACCAGUCCCUUGGCUCCUCAGAACCGCACUCCUCCCACCCAAAUGACUGGUGGUCCUCCUCCCAUCAACACCGGCGCCCCUGCCGGCUAUCCUCCCAACAUGGCUCCUCCUAUGGGCGGCCCUCCUCCCAUGGGUGGCCCUCCUCAAGGUGCUCCCGUCUACGGUGCUCCCCCAGGCGGCGGCUACCCUCCCGGUCCCCCUCCUCCUGCUGGCGGCCCUAUUGCCCAGCAGUUCAACCGUCCCAGCAACCCUGCUGCCGAGGUUGAAGGAUCCAACAAGAGCAAGGCCCAACUUAUCGUCGGUAUCGAUUUCGGUACCACCUUCUCCGGUGUCGCCUUCGCCUUUGCCACCAACAACGAAGCCAAGGAAGAUAUUAUCACAGAGUGGCCCGGUGCCGGCUCCUACACAAAACAAAAGAUUCCUACAGUCCUUUACUACGAUCAGUACCAAAAGGUGGUUGGAUGGGGUCCCGAUAUUGCGGACGCCCUGGCACCUACUGGUUACCCCAAGCCCGGUGUGCAAAAGGUGGAAUGGUUCAAGCUCCAGCUCAUGCUCAGCGGCAACACAUACAUUGACCCCAUCAACCUUCCUCCUCUGCCUCCUGGCAAGUCCGAAAUCGACGUUGCUGCCGACUACCUCUUCAAGCUGCGUCAGGCCAUGCGUGCUGCCCUGCAAAAGGCCCUCGGUGAAGUCUUUAACAGAGAAGAGCGUAACAUCCGAUACUAUCUCACCGUGCCUGCUAUUUGGAACGAUGCUGGCAAGGCUGCUACCCGUAAUGCCGCCAUCCAGGCUGGUUUCCUCCGUGACGAAAACGAUAACCGCCUGACUCUUAUUUCUGAGCCCGAAGCCGCUGCUCUCUUCUGCUCCAAGACUGGUCUCCUGAACCUCAAGAUCCGCGAUGCCGUCCUCAUCGUCGAUUGUGGUGGUGGUACCGUCGAUUUGAUCGCCUACGAAGUCGAAGAUGAGAACCCCUUCACCGUUGCUGAAUGCACAGCUGGUUCCGGUGAUUCUUGCGGUUCCACUGCUCUUAACCGCAACUUUAGCAAUAUUCUCCGCACCAAGAUUCGCAAGAUGAAGCUGCCCGAUGGAUCCAAGAUUGCCGGCCGCGUUUACGCCAAGUGUAUCAUGGAUUUCGAGAACAGAAUCAAGGCUGAUUUCCGCAACAACGGCCAGAAGUGGGCUGUCGACGUCGGUAUCGAAUCCGAGUUCCCUGAGGCUGGCAUUGAAGAAGGCUACAUGACUUUCACCAACGAGGAAAUUCUGCAGUGCUUCGAGCCCGUUGUCAACCGUAUUCUCGAACUCGUCCGCAACCAGAUUAUCGCCAUUCAGGCUCAGAACCGUACACUCCAGAACAUCCUGGUUGUCGGUGGUUUCGGUGCCUCCGAAUACCUCUUCCAGCAGAUUAAGCUUCACGUGCCUCCUCAGUUCCAGUCCAAGGUUGUCCGCCCCAUGGACUCCGUCGCUGCCAUUGUCAAGGGUGCCGUCACUGCUGGUAUCACCGAACGCAUCGUCACCCACCGUGUGGCUCGUCGCCACUACCUCAUGGGUACCCUGCAGCCUUUCAAGGAGGGCUACCACCCCGAGGCUUACCGUGUUCCCUCCCUCGAUGGCAAGGAUCGCUGCAAGUUCACCAGGCAAAUCUUUGUGCAAAAGGGUCAAAAGGUCAAGAACGGCGAGCCCGUCAAGGUUUCCUUCUUCCGACAGGUCGCUCCUGGCGCCACCCUCAUGUACGAGGAUAUCCUCUACGCUUGCGACGAUGAUGUCUGCCCCGAAUACACCAAGGAUCCUCGCAUCAAGGAAGUCGUUACACUCACCUCCGACUUGUCGCGCAAGAAUCUCGAAAAGGACUUUGAGCGCAUGGACACCCCCCAGGGUACAUUCUACCGUGUGUACUUUGAUAUCUACUUGACGCUGGACGGCUCCGAAUUCAGCGCCGAGCUCGUCUGCCAGGGCGAGGUCAUGGGCAGAUGCCGCUCACGCUUCAAGUAA